GUUGGCUCUUUUGUGACUUGUUGGUUCUGUUCGUCUGCAAGAGUGUGUUGGCGGCUGUUACUAUCUUUUUGUGCACCUUGGCAUUCUUCUUUUCUGCCGAGCCAAACCCCCUCUUUCCAUCCAAUUAUCAUCAAGGCACCCCAGAUCAACCAAACCAAGAGGAAACCAUGGCCGGGACAAGCAGCACAGCGCCGAAAAAGACGGUCCUCAUCACGGGCUGCAGCGCGGGCGGCAUCGGAUGGGCGCCGGCCAAGGCGUUCCGGGCGCAGGGCUUCCACGUCUUCGCAACGCUGCGCAACGCAGCCCAGGCCGGCAGGCUGAGCGAUAAUAGCAACAACGACAUGGACGUGCUAGCGCUCGACGUGCUGGUCAAUAAUGCGGGUGCCGAGUUCGUGUUUUGGGGCCCGCUGGCCAUCGUGCAGGCCUUUGCACCCCUGCUGAUCAAGGCCCGCGGUACCGUCGCUAACAAUAGUUCUAUUGCGCAGGGCCUACCCAUGGCCUGGACGGGUGAUGCGGAGCUGGCGCCGCUCGGGGUGCGGGUGGUGACUGUCAUGGUCGGGUCGGUGGCGACACCCAUGUUCACGCGGCCGGGCGGGCGCAUGCAGCUGCCCGAGGCGUCGCACUACCGCGGCUUCGAGGAGUACGCGCACCGCAUGCGCCUGCUGCACCUCGACGCCUCCAUGCCCGUCGCGCCCGGCACCAUCCGCGGGCCCAUUUGGCUCGGCACGUACGCGCUGCUCGUCCGCUUCGCCACGUGGGCCAUGCCGCAGUGGUGGGUCGACCAGACGGCCAACAACGACAGGGCGUGGACUUGGUGA